CUUCACUCUCUAGCGUAUCCAGCCGACGCCUAUGGCCCGGCCCCACCUCAUCCAGCCGCAAUGGGUCAACAGCUGCCUCCGCCGCCGCAGGGCUACCCACAUCACCUCCCUCCACCGCAUCACAUGGGAUACUACGAGGGUGAAAUGAUGGACAUCGACGCCCACUAUGCUCACCAACAGCAGCAACACGCGGCUGCUGCGGCUGCUGCUGCCGGGUAUCCACCUCACCCCCCACCUCCAGGGAUGCCUUACCCCAUCCCGCCUGCCGCUGCAGGCCAUCCACAAAUGUACGGCGCCGAGCCUCACCAGCAGCCGAUGAUGUCCGCAGCCCCUGCCGCUGCUCCUUCAGCAGCUGCCGCUCCCAAGCCACCCAAGACCAAGACGAAGAGCACGACAAAGAAGGACGGCACAGCCAAGGGCAAAGAGAAGGCCGGGCGUGCCAAGGCAGCUACCGCCGAGAAGGCUCAAGCUGCCAAAGCGGAAGCAGCCGCUCAGGCCAAAGAGGCGGCAGCUGCUACGACGAGCGAGAGCAAGAAGGACAAGAAGCGGCGCGAAGUCAUCGAUCGUGUGCAUCGUGUGCAUUGGGAUACUGUAGAGAACAGAGAGGAGUAUGUACCAGCGACCCCGCAUAUAUGCUGCCAAGGAUCGAGUCCUCUGACGUCCCCCUCCGUCCCCUCACGCAGACUCUACGCCCAUCUCCAGCAUCGCUUCAUCUCGGAACACACGACACUCCUCACCUCUCCUCUCCUCUCACGAGAGUACCAGCUUAACCUCUCCUACCUUACCCUCGCACGCGAAGCAUCCCUCCGUAAAGUGGCUCUUCUUCACGCCCACCAAGUAGAUGGUGCCCGCAAGGCCUACGAGGCGGAGCGCGCCAAGAUUGAGGACGAGGCACGGCAUGCACGCAAGGUGGUCCGGGAUAGGCUGACGGCUGCAGUGGAUGAUAGGAGGAAGAAGUUGAAGGAGGAGAAAGAGGGAGCGGAAGGUGGACUAGACUCGUUGUUGGAUGCCUCGACUAGACCGCACGCGACCCGCAAGUUGCGCAACAAACAGGCCGCAGCCGCAGCGGCUGGCGGGAACAUCUCUUCUCGCCGGCUUGCCGCGCUCGCAGCCAGUGACUUUGAAUCGGGCGACGAGUCCAGCGGCGGCGGACCAAACGGCAAUGGCGCUGGUGUCUCAAGUCAAGGCAAGGACGGCGCCGGCGGAUCAGGGAGCGGCAGCAAGCACAAGGAUCGCAACGGUCAUGCCAACGGCAGCGGCGAGGGGUCCACGCUCCUCUCCUCUGGCUUGGGCUACCUAGUAGGCAACAAAGGCAUGGAAGGCACCGCUCCGACGCUCGGUCUUGGCGGGCUACCCGACCUCGCCCUCAUCGAAUCGAGCUUGCGUGCCUUUGACGACGGGAGCUCCAAGAAAGCCACGACGGCGAAUGGGAAGCGCAAGGGUCCAAAGGGGAAGAAGCGUCGUGCAGCUGCAGCACCGCAGCUCACCGAGGAGGAAAGGCGCGCAGAAGAAGAAGAGGCAAGCUUGAGUAAGAGGGCGAGGAGGAAGUUGGAGCAAGACCGGCUCGCUUUCAUCGCGUUGGCAGCCUCAUCAUUACCGCCAAGCUUGACGGGGGGAGGAGGGGCGGGCUCAAGUAGCUCGAGCUCCAACUUCGGCGCAGGAGCAGGUGGAGCAGGCUCAGGGGCGAACGGUGCUGCCUCCUCCUCCGCAGCGGGCGCAGCUACCUCCUCCGGCUCAGCCGGCCUUGCAACACUGCCCGGCGGACUGGGCGGAUAUGGUCCCGGCCGCACCGUACGAUGGGAGCCUGGCCGUUCGGUAUUCCAGUUGACGGGCGCAAAGGAUUAUGAGACGGAGAGUGAUCUGAUUCGUAUACGGGGUGGCGUUGGGUCAGGAAAGAGGAGAAGAGGGGCUGCAGCGGCAGCAGCUGCAGCCGCCGCCGCGGCUUCGGUCGUGGCGUGAGGGGGUGAAGAGCGGAGAGUUCGAUUGUACUACCUCAUGGCCUGCCGCGUCGCAGGCAGUGUUCAAUUAAGUCACAGAAUGCUUCCCGUCGAUGAAUAGCUUGCAGGUCGUCGAGGCAUGGUUGCUUGGGCUGAUGGCGGCGGUAAGAGCGAGUCAGUGCAGGUUGAGAACGUAGCCGCGAUCACGCUGCGGCAGACCGGCGCUCGCUAUCGGCCAGGCACGGAAUUGGAAUCGCGGCUACAAGCUCAUUGACCGACUGCUCGUGGCGGAGAAGCUGGUACCUGAGACGCCUAAGCCGCACUUGACCU